CUGUAUCUCUUCUUCAAAGCCAUCCAGGAACCCUGCCGAUGCUGAUCCGGCGAUCUACCCGAUUCCACUUCCCUCUCAGGACCGUUCGAUUAUGCCAGACGGGCCGUUCCGACGACCUUCCGAUGGACUCCCGAGACGUCAGCCCGGUGGUCCACCAGAUUGCUGGGAUCGUGCUAUCGGAAGAUCCUGGGGUUCCAUUGGAGGACAGCCUAUCGGCCGCUGGCGUCGCCAUUGACGCAGAAGUCGCCGAGACGGUGCUGAAGCGAUGCUUGAAGGCCCCUGUUUCGGCGCUCCGCUUCUUCGAUUGGGUCGGCCGCCGGCCAGGGUUUCGUCACACCGCUGAAACCUACAAUUCGAUGAUCCACAUAGCCGGAGAGGCGAGGGAUUUCGAUCUGGUGAAGGAUUUGCUCGCGAGAAUGGACACUGAGUCGGUCAAGGCGGACGUCAAGACAUGGACUACCGUCGUCUCUCAGUAUGGAAAGGCGGGGCUGCUAGGCGGGGCGCUGCUCUCAUUCGAGAAGAUGAGGAGCUGCGGCGUCGAGGCCGACGAGGCGGUCUAUUCUUCGUUGGUUCGGGCGCUUUGCGAGGGGAAGAAGAUCGAGCUCGCGUUGGAGUUCUAUCGGGAAAUGGCCUUUAAGGGGAUGAAGUUGGACGAGUAUGUGUAUAGAUUGCUGAUGACGGGGUUGGCGGGGUCAGGCGAUGUGGGUUCUGUGCGUUCAAUUGCAGACGACAUGGCGAAGGUCGCAGGAAUGACCGAAUACGCCGUGAAUUCUUCAAUGCUGAAGAGUUUUUGCGUCUCCGGAAGGAUGGAGGAGGCACUUGAACUGGUUUGGGAGAUCAGAACGAAGAACGUGUGCAUCGACAACCAGCAAGUUCAAAUUCUGGUUGAUGGAUUGUGUCGCGCCGGCAGAAUUGAUGAUGCUCUGGAAUUUGUUGGCGAGGUGGAGAAGGAAAAUGUUUCGGUGGGUACAUCGGUGUAUGAAUCUCUCAUUGAUAGUUAUUCGAAAAGGGGAAACAUUUUGAUAGCUCGCGAGCUUUUAGAUAAUUGGAAGAAAUUAGGCUUCAUUCCGUCGAUUUCCCUGUAUACUACUGUAAUUCAGCGUCUUUUCUGUCUCAAUGAGUAUGCAGAAGCUUGCAAACUCUACGAGGAGAUGAAAGCGAAUGGCAUCGAACCUGACGUUGUAGCUGUGACUGCAUUGGUUGCAGGGCACGUUCGCCAUGGUUACAUUUCAGAGGCAUUGGAGGUGUUUGAAGGUAUGAAGAGCAAAGGGUUAAAGCCCACAAGGAAGGCAUAUUCAGUGUUCAUCAAUGAACUAUGCAAAGCCUCGGAGACUGAGGUGGCCAGGAAGGUCUUCGAUGAAAUGCGGGGGUGUGGACUUGGUGUUGGGAAUGAAUUAUCACGUCUAGCUAGGAAAUCUAUGGACGAUAGAAAACUGUGCAUGACAACAAAGGAAAUCAAGCUGAAAAUGAACGCUUAUAGAGUCCGAAAUCAAGAGAUCCAGCGCAAACAGGCAGAUUUGGCAACUAAUUCUUCUUUCAGUCAUGAAGAUGUUGACGGUCUUCUACCUGUUAGAUCAUCUGAAAUGAGUUCAAAUGAAUUACACCAAUUGAGUAGCUCCGAGUUUGAUCAAGCCGGAAAUGAAUGUUUUAAUGAGGGCGAUCUCAUGGAAGUAACCGGACUUCUGUCAUCUUCCUGUGAUUGGACAGACAUUCAGGAUGCAUUGGAGAAAAGUGGGAUUCAUUUCUCAUCAUCACUUGUUGUAGAGAUUCUACAUAAUUGUCGAAGACAUGGAAGUGCUGCCAUGAAAUUCUUCUCAUGGGUAGCAAGGAAACCUGGUUAUCAACACACUGUAGAGACCUACAACAUGGCCAUCAAAAUAGCUGGCAGUGGAAAAGACUUUAAGUACAUGAGAAUGCUCUUCGAAGAAAUGGAAGGGAAGGGUUGUGAAGCAACAGCGGAUACAUGGACAAUCAUGCUCACACAAUAUGGCAGAGCAGGAUUGACAAAGAUGGCAUUGCAGAAAUUCAAGGAAAUGAAGGCUGGGAAGUGUAAGCCUAAGGGGAGCACAUACAAGUAUCUGAUACUGUUCCUAUGCGAAAGGAAAGGCCGGAAUGUCGACGAAGCAAUCAAGCUUUCCAGAAAGAUGAUCCGUGCCGGAUUUACCCCUGACAAAGAACUGGCCGAAACAUAUCUUCUCUGCUUAUGUGAAACAGAAAAUCUAACAGAAGCUCGAGCUUUUGUUGAAUCAGUGUGCCGGAAAUGUUUCACAAGCCAAAUUAGUUAUUCCAUGCUUGUGAAGGCCCUCUGUAGAGCAGGGAGAUUGGAAGAGGCUGCAUCACUGGUUGAUGAGCUGGAAAAUCUUGGAUGCGUUAUUGAUCAGUAUAUAUAUGGAAGUCUUGUUCAUGGUCUGUUGAGGGGAGGAAAGCAUGACGAUGCAUUGGCUAAGGUUGGGAAAAUGAAGGAAGAGGGCAUUGUGCCCACUGUUCAUGUGUACACUUCGUUGAUAUCUUAUUAUUUUAAGACCAAGCAAAUGGAGAAUGUAGCAAAGAUCUUGGGGGAGAUGAGAGAGGAUGGUUGUCCGCCCAGCAUCAUUACUUACUGUACAUUGAUCAGAGGUUACAUGGAUGAGGGUCGAGUUAUUGAUGCUUGGAGUGUUUUCAGGAUGAUGAAACUCAAGGGCCCUUUUCCUGAUUUUAAGACAUACUCCAUGUUCAUAACCUGUCUUUGUAAGGUUGGUAGGUCAGAAGAAGGACUCCAACUUCUUCACGAAAUGAUAGAAACUGGAAUUGUUCCAAGUACUGUAAACUUCCGCACUGUUUUUUAUGGUUUAAACAGAGAAGGCAAGCCAGAUUUAGCUCGUUCUGUGUUGCAAGUAAAAUGGGCACUAAUGAGAAGUAGAAAAUGUUGGCUCUAGCAUCUGCUUAGAUACUCAGGAAUUAGUUCAUUGUUCACACCAUAGGUUUUACUAAUUUAACUUCUCCUGCCCAUCAACUUAGGUGCCAAUCUUUUUCUUC